AUGGUUCGAUUGCGAUCUGGUCUGGCUGCUGGUGAGGACGAAGCGUUGCAGGCUUCUGAUGAAGGGGACUCGAUGGGGCAACCCCCCGUCGUCCCAAACGAUCAGGAACGAGUCGCAGCGGUUAACAACGAUGUUGAGCUUAGUCAAAUAGGGGGUCAACAGAGGAGCCAUCACCAUCGGUCCCCUGAACGGAAUACCACUAGGCUCCGUGGAGAUACUUUUAGUUAUGUUGGUGAUAAGACUGAGGACGCCACUCAUUUUGAUCUAGAGAUUCAGGAUCUGAAAGCUAGAGUUGACGACAUCAUGCAAGCGAUGAAAGGGAAGGGCCAGGCUGCAGUGAACGAUAUGGUACACAAAACCAUCCUAGCUUUUAGCCCAGCUGUUAUGAGUUAUCCUCUACUUAGCAAAUUUAAGAUGCCAACCCUUGAGAGCUUCGAUGGGACGUGGGACCCUCUCGACCAUUUGGAGACCUACAAAGCUCUUAUGUAUUUACAAGCCGUACCAGAUGAGAUUAUGUGCAGGGCUUUCCCUACCACACUAAAGGGUUGGGCUCGUCUCUGGUUCAAUAAAUUAAAACCAGGCUCUAUUGAAAACUUUGAAGAGUUGAGCAAACAAUUCAUAGGACACGUCAUCGCUGGGCAGAGGCAUAGGAAACCAGCAACACAUUUACUGAAUGUAAAGCAGCAGAAUGGAGAGCCUCUCCGUGAUUACAUAAGUCGUUUUAACACUGAAAUGCUGCAGGUAGAAGAGGUGGACGACAAGGUUGCCCUCACAGCCUUUAUAGGAGGACUACAGACAUCUAAAUUCCUAUUUUCCUUUUCAAAUGAAGCCCCUACGAGCAUGAUAGAGUUAAUGGUUAGAGCACGGAAGCACAUGAACGCUGAGGAUACUAUGAAUGCACGAAAAAACAAAGAUGGUGAAGAUAAGAAGUCGGAUAAAAAGAGGCCAGCACCUAGCACUAAGGAGGAAAGGGAAUCGAAGUACAAGAAAUUCUCAAACAGCCAGGCUAACAGAUCGUCUCGCCGUCCAGUGAGCCCAGGCAGGUAUAACAACGACACCCCCCUAAAUACAUCUGUAGAGCAGGUCUUUCUGCAGAUUCAAGAUGACACAUCAUUGAAUUGGCCGCUAAAGCUAAAAGCUGAUCCAACAAAGAGAAAAAGAGGCUCUAACCCAGUCCGAGAGGGCCGAGAUGAUCGCCCUCCUCAACACCAACCAAUGGGUGAGAUCAGAGUUAUAUCAGGUGGCUUCGCUGGUGGUGGGGAAACGAGUUCGGCUUGGAAGGCUCAUGCCAGGAGAAUUCGGAGUUUUUCAGAGGUGAAUGAAGUUAGAGUAACAAGUCCUCUAACAAAAUUACCACGAGUUGAGGAGUCAGUUAUAACCUUUUCUAAAGAAGAUGACAUGGGGAUUCACCAGCCCCAUAAUGAACCUCUGGUGGUUUCCAUGGUCGUCGCUAAUUUCACUGUUCGACGAAUACUGAUAGACAAAGGUAGCUCGGCUGACAUACUAUUUAUUGGGGGUGUACGACAAAUUAAAUAUUGGCUGAGAGAAGCUCCGACCCAUGAAGUCACCAUUGGUGGGAUUUUCAGGCGACAAAGUAUAUCCACUGGGGGCAGUUACCCUUUCAGUCACUGCAGGAGCCAAUCCAAAGCAGGUCACUAUAAUGGUGGACUUUGUAGUGGUGGACUGCCCAUCAUCAUACAAUAUUAUCCUGGGGAGGACAACAUUGAAUGCCAUGAAAGCAAUCACUUCCACUUACCAUCUCCUGAUGCGUUUCCCAACUGA